CAGGACCGCUUGAUCCACUGAACCGGACAGAAGGAGGCCUCAGCAGACGUCAAGCUGGCAACCGUAGCAGGAAAGAAGAUCAAGAAGGAGGAAGAGGAGGAGCAGCCUGCAGCACCUCCUGCAGCAGCAGCAGCAGCAAAGGAAGAGGAGGAGUAUGUGGUGGAGAAGGUUUUGGACCGCAGAGUGGUGAAGGGAAGAGUAGAAUUUCUGCUGAAAUGGAAGGGGUUCUCAGAUGAGGAUAACACAUGGAAGCCACAAGACAACCUGGACUGCCCCGACCUUAUCGCCAAGUACAUGCAGAAACACAAGGAGAAGGAGGAGAAAAAGAAGGAGGGCAAGAGGAACGUUGUCAGUUUGGCCUCGGGAGACUCAGAGGAGCGAGGCAGCAAGAGGAACAAGGAGGAGACACGGAGAGAAGGAGAGGGACCCAAACGUCACCACUGUCAGCACUGUGACAAAUCCUUCACGUCAUCUGGAUAUUUACAGAUUCAGCAGAGAGUUCACACUGUAGAGAAGCCGUACAGCUGUGAUCAAUGUGGGGCAGCUUUCACACGACAAAGUAACCUAAAAAGACAUCAACGCAUUCACACUGGAGAGAAGCCGUACAGCUGUGAUUUAUGUGGUAAAACAUUUUCUAGGAGUGAUAGCAUAGAAAACCACCGACAUGUUCACACUGGAGAGAAGCCGUACAGCUGUGAUCAAUGUGGGGCAGCUUUCGCGCUACAGAGUACCCUAAAAAUACAUCAACGUAUUCACACUGAAGAAAAGUCGUACAGCUGUGAUUUAUGUGGUAAAACCUUUUCUAGGAGUGAUAACCUAGAAAAACACCGACAUGUUCACACUGGUGAGAAGCCGUACUGGUGUGAACAAUGUGAGAAAAUGUUUUCUCAGAGUGGCCAACUUAAAAGACAUCAACGCAUUCACACUGGAGAUAAACCUUACAGCUGUGAUUUAUGUGGUAAAACCUUUUGUAGGAGUGAUAACCUAGAAAGCCACCGACGUGUUCACACUGGAGAGAAGCCGUACUGGUGUGAACAAUGUGGGAAAACUUCUUCUCGGAGUAAUAACCUUAAAAGACACCAGCGACUUCACACUUCCUCGUUGUGAAGAUGUUCCAGAGCCAAUCUGUUUCCUCCUGCCUCCUCCUCAUGCCCUGAUAGCUGUGUUGUUAUAUUCUGAUCUUCU